AGGAUCAUUCAGGCUGAGAGGGCUGUGGAAAAAAAUAGCUGCGAGGGUAGAAGUAAACAUGGAGCUCUCAGCCGUCGGGGAGAGGGUCUUCGCCGCCGAAUCCAUCAUUAAACGUCGCAUUAGGAGGGGACGGAUGGAGUAUCUGGUCAAAUGGAAAGGCUGGUCUCAAAAAUACAGCACUUGGGAACCAGAGGAAAAUAUUCUAGAUGAGCGCCUAUUCGCGGCUUUUGAAGAGAGAGAGCGUGAGAGGGAACUAUUCGGGCCAAAAAAGAGGGGACCCAAACCAGAAACAUUCUUGUUAAAGGCUAAAACUAAAGGCAGAAACUACGAGUUGAGAGAGAUUUCUCAAGGGAUUCAGGUGUCGUUUCCGGUCACAGAGCCGGUUGUGACGCCUAGAGCACGUGAGGGACUACGGACAGUCGUGCCAACCAUUUUUCCACCGAGCACCGUUAAUAGAGGCGAAAGUGUUCGCGUCCGACCUCCAGACCCCGAGAGAAACUCGCUGUCGUCGGCAGCAGCACAACGCCAUUUGGAUUUUGCCAAUUCGCCGAAAAAGCGAGGACCAAAACCAAAAUUGCGUCCCAUCGUGGGUCUAACUGGAGGUUCAUCUACUGGAAGCGUUAAAAGAAAAGCAGAUGUACCGUUGUCUUACAGGCAUUACAAAACGGAGAGAUCGGGAGAGGCAUCUAACAGUGACAUUAUGCGUGUAUCGCAGAAGUUUCAAGCGGAAUCGAGCAAUGUUAAAAAGCAAAUGGGAAGUAGGUCGGGUGAUAAUUUCACAUUUGGUGGCAACAUCAUGAAUUCAGGGGUUGAUAUUUUGCGUCAUCGAUCGAAGGACCGCUUUAGUGGGACCAUACAUCAUAAACCCAAGAUAAAACGACCUAAAAGUAAUUUAUUUCGACCCGAUCAAACCAGGGAGCAACUGCCUUUGAGUUUUGUGGACGAAACAGACGAGUCAUGGUUGCCCUGUUUGAAGAACAUGGAGAAAAUCAUCGUUACUGAUAUAACAAAUAAGUCUUUGACUGUGACCAUUAAAGAGAGUUCAACUGACAAAGGUUUCUUCAAAGAAAACAGAUGAUGCCAUUUUACUUUUUGUAUAAGUGAAUUAUUGUACUCCAAAUAGAAACAGCCAACAUAUAGAAAUAAUUUCUAGUCUGUAACUGUACAUUUAAGUCUUUCAAUCAUGUACAAAAUGCAUAUAUAUAUAUAAAUAUAUUAGAUACCACAUAUAUAGAUAUACCAUACAUAUAAAUAUAUAUAUGCCAUAUACUGUAUAUAGAUA